AUGGCCCCCUCCAAAAAGGCAGCGCCCGCCUCCUCCCCCGUCAAAACCGCCUACCUCAUCCUCUACAAUGCCGUCUCCGCCAUAGCCUGGGCCUCCGUCCUCGAAAAGACGGCUUCCACGCUCUACGCCGGCGGAGGCCCCAGCCUCGUCUACGUCACCACGGGCGAACAAACGAAAUGGGUUCAAACCGCGGCCGCCAUGGAAAUCCUGCACUCCCUCUUCGGAGUCGUCCGCGCCCCCCUCUUCACAACUCUCAUGCAGGUCGCUUCCCGCUUCCUCCUCGUCUGGGGCGUCCUCUUCCUGUACCCGUACCUCGCCGUCGAACUGCCCACCUACAGCUCCAUGCUCAUCGCCUGGUCCGUCACCGAAGUCAUCCGCUACUCCUACUUCGCCCUCAGCCUCGCCGGCUUCACGCCUCGCAUCCUCACCUGGUUGCGCUACAACACCUUCUUCAUUCUGUAUCCCAUUGGCAUUAUGAGCGAGUGCUCGCUCAUCUAUUUUGCUGCCGUGGGACCUGCUACCAACGCUACCGAGUAUCCCUUGACUCUGAUGCCCUACAUUCUCUAUGGCAUUUUGGCAAUCUAUGUUCCAGGCGCAUACAUCCUGUAUACUCACAUGAUGGCUCAAAGACGAAAGGUCUUGCGUAGCUUAAAGACCAAGGACGAAAAGGCGACACAAUAA